AUGGGGGGAUACUUGGCGGUCUUGGUCCUCUCCAAGCCUCAAAUCGCACAGAAUGCUCGCGCAGCCAACAACCGACGUCAAACGCAGGACAACGAUCACCGAAGACCCGAAAGACCAACACAGAUCCUCGACAUCAACGUAUGGGGAAGCGGCGAAAACUGCGAACUAGGCCUCGGCCCGCGCGUCACGCAGGCACCUAAACCUCAUGCGCAGAAAUCUCUCCUGUCCUACCACAUAGUUCAGAUAUCUGCCGGCGGCAUGCAUUGCGCCGCAUUAACCAGCCACGGCGAGGUCCUGACGUGGGGUGUCAACGACGACGGGGCACUGGGCCGUGCGAAAACUCCAGAUGCACCUGAGGAGGGUCCCCAAGAUUUGCUGGACCCGUUUGAGAGUACACCUGGGCUGGUGCGUUUCGAACAUGAAGUCGAUGUCGUCCAGGUUGCGACGACGAAUAGCGCAUGCUUCGCUCUUACUUCCGAAGGAACUGUGUACGGCUGGGGUAGUUUUGCUGGAGGAGACGGCAACUUUGGCUUCCUUUACGAUAAACCGCCAAAAACCACCGAGCCCCUACCUGUGCAUAUUCCCGGCCUAAAUAGUAUCGUGGGGCUAGCGGGUGGCGCGAACCACGUCCUUGCUCUCUCUCAUGACGGCGACGUCUUUGCUUGGGGCUCCGGCGAACAAAACGAAUUAGGCAGACGCCUCCUCGCCCGCCGCCGCUUCGAGAGCCUUAUUCCCCAACGCGUAGGCUUGCCUAGACACCAGACAGCCAAAAUCUUUGCAGGGUCGCACCAUAGCUUCGUGAUUGACGUCCACGGAAAAGUCUGGGCCUUUGGGCUGAAUAACUUUGGCCAGUGCGGCGUCCCGACACGGGAAGACACUGGGUUUACGACAAUCAUUUCUCCAACAGUCGUCAAGAGUCUUGAGGGAUACUCGAUCCACCACAUCGCCUGCGGUCUUCACCAUUCCAUUGCUUGCACCAGCGAGGGAGAAGUCUUGGUUUGGGGUCGGUGCGAUGACGGCCAAAUGGGUAUCGAUUUGAACGCCGUGCCCCACGACAACAUCAUCUUCGAUUCGAGAGCGGAGCCAAGGGUACUGAAUGUCCCGACCGUCGUUUCUGUACCUAGUGCCGACUUUGUUGCGGCUGGAAUCGAUAAUUGCUUCGCAGUUUCUCGUGGUGGUGACGUGUUUGCUUGGGGGUUUUCAGUCAGUCAUAACACCGGACUUGCGACAACUGAAACCGUAAAAGAACCGACAGAGAUGCGUCGCAGUGGUCCUCUGACGUUCGUCGAUGCGGGCGGCCAGUUUGGUAUCUCAGCAGGACCACGAUUGCGUUGA